ACAUCUUUAUACAUUUUAUUAAAUUUAUACCUUUAAUAUAAUUUACCUCUGCACUCUUAUUCCUGUCUUUUAAAAACAAGAAAAAUAUUAAGAGUUUGGAGUUGGUUACAAAAAGAGAGAGAGAGGAGCUUCGGAAAAUACCUGGAUUUCAAUUUUCUGGUCGUCAAUGAAUUUUCAAGAAGGCUCGUUUGCUGUUAUGUUGAGCUUUUUGUAUUUUCACUCAAAGCUUGGCUGCUGUAAAUGUGUAUUGGCAUUUUGAAGACUGUAUUCACCAUUACAGACAUAUAGUUUACCUGUUAUAACACAUUUCUCUCUCUGCAUUUUGCAUCUGUAAUGUUGUUGUAUUAUUUCGCAACCACGUCAUGAAUUCAGUAAGACUUAUUAGAUACCCAAAGACUGCCCAGAGACUUUAUGAUUCUGUGAAACAGAAUUUAACAGCUCCAGAAGAUCAAGAACGUAGCAACUUAUCAAUUUGUUGCGGUAAUUGUGAAACUAUGUUCAGAAUAUGUGCAUGAACAUACUCGCACAGGAUUGGCUGAGACGCUGUACACAGCCGUUUGCUGACUGGCAGUGCCUGAAAUUAGUCUCCAAGGCGACUGUUGUUGUGAUUUGGCGUUAUAUAAAUAAAAGUGAAUUGAAUUGAAUAUUCACUGCUAACACCAGGUGCACUCGCUCCUUGUGUUUCCUACCUUUACUCAUGUUGUGGUCCAUGAUAUCAUUCAGCUGUCUCCUCAGUUAGCACAUCCUUUCAGAAGAAGGUCCAGAGUAAGAUCAAAGAUCUCCUCCAGCAGAUGGAGGAAGGCCUAAAGACAGCCGACCCCCAUGACUUCUCCACCUACACCGGCUGGACAGGCAUUGCAUUGCUGUACCUUCAACUGCACCGGGUCUCAAAUGAGGCCUCCUACCUGCAUAGAGCCCUAGACUACGUAAAGAGGACCAUGAGGAUCCUGAAUGGGCGCAAAGUGACAUUUCUAUGUGGUGACGCAGGGCCUCUGGCAGUGGGUGCGGUGGUCCACCACAAACUGAAUAACACGACUGACAGCAAAGAGUGUCUGUCCAGGCUUCUUCAGCUUCAGCGGUCUGUGCUGAGCCCAGACUCUGAUAUACCAGAUGAGCUGCUGUAUGGUCGUGCUGGAUACCUUUAUGCUUUGCUGUACGUUAACAAAGAGAUCGGCACUGACGCUGUGGAUGAGGACACCAUUACAAAGGUGGUCACAGCCAUUGUGGAAUCUGGUAAGAACAUGUCAGCAGAGCAGAAGAAGACCGAUCGCUGUCCACUCCUCUAUGAGUGGCACAAGAAGCAGUACAUCGGCGCUGCCCACGGCCUGGCUGGCAUCUAUUACAUGCUGAUGCAGUCUGGAGCAAAAGUCCAUCCAGACGUCCUGUCAGAGUUGGUUCGCCCCAGCAUCGACUACGUCCGCCACAAGAGGUUUCGUUCAGGAAACUUCCCUUCAUCCCUGAGCAACGAGAGCGACCGGCUGGUCCACUGGUGCCACGGAGCGCCCGGUGUUAUCCAUAUGCUUAUCAUGGCCCAUAAGAUUUUUAAAGAAGAAAAGUACCUGAAGGAGGCUGUAGACUGCGGCGAGGUGAUAUGGCAGCGGGGCCUGCUCAGAAAAGGCUACGGUAUUUGCCAUGGAACCGCUGGCAACGGAUACGCCUUCCUGUCUCUCUACAAACUCACCAAGGAGAAGAAAUACCUGCACCGCGCCUGCAAGUUUGCUGAGUGGUGUUUGGACUACGGGACACAUGGGUGUCGUAUCCCAGACAGACCAUACUCCCUUUUUGAAGGUAUGGCAGGAGCCAUCCACUACAUAUCAGAGAUGGAAAACCCCGAAGCUUCGUGUUUCCCUGCCUUUGAACUUUGACCUGACAGCCCCUGACUUUGGAUUACGAAGGGGAGGCUUAAUAUUUUCAAGUUAACUUUCCUUUAAAGGUACGCUGCUCAAAAAAAAAUGAGGGGAACGUUUAAAUCACACAUUGGAUCUUGAUAAAUGAAAUACUCACUCUGAAAAUCUUUAGUGUCAUAAAUGUUGUAAUUAUCUUGAGAACAAAAUGAUCUACUAACAGUGAGAACCAAUAUCAUCCACCCUUUAAGGGUUUGAAUUUAGAAACCACACCAAAAAUCCAAGUUAAAAAUAGAAAUCACUGGCUCGUCUGACCUGCAUCAUAGUGUGGCUCAGCAGUAUGUGUGGUCCCCAUGAGCCUACAUGCGCUCUUAGCUGAUGUCUUUAAAUCUUGUUCUGGACUUGGAUCAAGGCACCAGUAAACUUCUGGACAGUGUGUGGCACUGUUUGGUGGGUUUCGAUGGACCAGUGCAUAAUUUUCCUGAGAAUCUUCAUAUCUGAGAAGCACGGGGGCCUAUAUCUGGCGUCAGUGCCUUCAUCAUCCAGGAACUGCCUUCAUUCUAGCCGGCGGAGGACAGACAUUGUUGUGCACUAAGAGGAUCCCAGGGCUUGCUCCAGCAUGAAGUCUGACAUUAGAUAUGUGGAUUUCAUCCUGAUACCAAACAUGCAGGUCUGUUUCACUAUUUCCCAUGUGAACAUGCUGUCAUCAUAGGGCACUAGUGUGAGACCUCCCAGUUUCGGUGGUAUCUGAGAAAAAUCAGUCAUGAGGAUUAAGAGGAGAGCAUUGGUCUGUGGCUGCAACCUGCAAAACCAUUCCCAUUUGGGAGUUGUCUUCUUGUUGCUUUUCCAUUGUUGCCACAUUCAUGGCACCAAAACAGGUGAAAUUAGUUGACCAUGGUUUAUGCUUCCAAGAGUCCUUGAAGCUUAAUUGACUGUUUUAUUCUGAGAUCAUAAAGUGUUCCCCUAAUUUUUUGAGCAGUGUAUUUUAAUAAAACUUUCAGCCUUGGUCAUGCGUAAGUAGUGACCAAUAUUAGACAUUCAAACUGGAAAUAAGUGCAACUGAUUAAUUAUUUGUUGAAUUAAAGACAUGGUUAGCUUUUCUGUGAUUAAAAAUGUACAGGGAAUGUUUUUGGACAAAACUACACAUUCAUUUAUGGAGGUGUAG